UCACGGUUCUUUUGUGUACUAAUAUGAGUGGUACCGAAAAAAUCAAACCAUUGCUAAUCGGAAAGUCUACUAAACCAAGAUGCUUCAGAGGAAUUAAAUCUUUACCAAUAGAUUAUGAAUCAAACCCAAAAGCAUGGAUGACGGCGUUAUUAUGGAAUAAAUGGCUUAAACAAUUUGAUGAAAAGUUGUUCAAGGAAAAUCGUAAAAUUAUAUUAUUUAUUGAUAACUGCACUGCUCAUGCCACUAUCCCAAAUUUAAAAGCGAUUACCAUCAAGUUUUUGUCAACCGACACCACUUCAAAAAUCCAACCACUUGGCCACGGCAUAAUCCAAAACUUCAAGGUUUUUUAUAGAAAAGAAGUGAUACGUAAAAUAACUUCUAAUACUGAACUUCAACGCACUAUUUCAAUUGAUUUGCUUCAAGCUAUACGAAUAACUGACAAAUCAUGGAGACAAGUUACGUCUGAAGUAAUAUCAAAUAGUUUCAAAAAAGCAGGUUUUCAACACCCGGGUACACUAAGUCUUGUUCAAACAAUUUCUUCCUACCAAGAACCCUAUCAAGAAAAAAAUCACCCUGAAUGGUCGUAUAUCAAACAAAAGUAUAAUUUAAUGCCAGAAUUUACUUUUAACAGUUAUGUCAAAAUUGAUGAUAACCUAACAAUCUGCAGCAAUUUGAACGAUUCUGAAAUAGAAUCUGAAGAUGCGGGAUUGGCAAAUAACUGUAUACGUGAUAAUGACAGAGACGAUCAUUCAACUUCAAGAAAAGUUUCUUACAAAGAAGCCACAAGAGCUUUAGACAUUUUACGUGAUUUUAUUGAAACAACCGAAGGAAUGGACAAUAUUCAUUUUGAAGCAUUAGGAACCAUAGAAGAUGCCAUGGAUAAAAUAAAACAUACAGAAGCGCCUUAAGUAUUUUCAUAAAAAAAAUGUUUUAUCUAAAGUAAUAUUAUAUUGUAAAUUUGUAAUUACAAAUUAUUCUAAUAUAUAAAUAAUACUAGUACUAUGCCGUAUAAUAAUUCAUGAGUAUUAUUUGCACUGUAUAUGCUAUUCUACCUAGAAAUGUAUAAACUAGGUAUUUUUAUAAUUGUUCAGCCAUAUUAGGUAAGUAUUUCAUAGUUGAUAUAGAAUAUAUUGGCAUAUAGAUCUAUAAUAAUAGUAAUAAUAGCUUUUGAUAAGAUUACAACUCAAUCAAUUUUCAAAUUCAAGGUAUUAAAAUAUUGUACUAUA